GGAGAGUGGCGGAAGAGGUAGCUUCCUGCACACGCCGCUGGCGGAUCUGGCGCUGGUCUCGAAACUCUCCGACCAGCGACUCUGAUCCUGAUGCAAGGAGUGGAUGAUUCGGUUCGAAUCGAGGCGCUCCAAGUCAGCGGACGGUCGAUGGCUCGGUUCUAGGGAGGGAGGGAGGGAGGGAGGGAUCGAUGAUGAUUCAGGGAAGUGUUCAAUUGCGACCGUCACCUGGAUCCGUCGAAGGAAUUUCUUAGCACAGGAAGGAUCCAGAAACUCAAAAUCUCAUCUCCGUCGACCAACAGGUUUGGGCUUCACCAGGGAUCCGUUUCCACAGGGAGGCAAGGCAAGGCAAGGAGAGGUUUCGGAUGACAUACGUAGCUGUUAGUGGUUGCUAAGGGUACAGAUUGAUUGGUGCUGCUGAUUCAAGGGAUAAGCUCUGAGGCCGAUGAGGAAUUGUGGUGAAGGAUCUAGUGUAGAGCUUUUGAGUGAGUUGGUGAAUUACUGCAUCUUCACACUUGGAAAAGUCCUGGAGACGAGAGGAGGUGUGUGGAGACUUCCCAGGAAAGGCAGAAAUUAUAUAAGCUUGAAAUGGCGGAAAGUGCUAAGCAGACAGAGGCACGCUAGCCAUUCGACUGGCUGCUCAGAUGAUCUUCUCCUUCUGAGAGGAGCUAGGCUGAGCCCACACAGGUGUAGUGGCCUCAUGGCCUGGAAAGUUGUACAAAAAUGAUUAUUGAAUAGUCGAAGGACUCUGAACGUGCUCAAAAUGUUGAGAGGACAUGAUUCGCUGACUCGGCUCAUAGGCAAGCGUCGGAGACUUUCUCUUUCGGCAAUAUCUCCAAACAAACGAGCUCUGUGUGUGUCGAAAAACCAGGUGGAAGAGUUUUCUCUUUUAGGAAGCACUGUGGGAAGUGUUAAGAAGGAAAGUGUGGAAAUUCGAUGUUCAUCCAGCUCUUCUGUGAACCAUCAACAAGUCACAGAGGCCGAAACUCUUCUGGACGGUGCUAGCAGCAAAAAAAGUUUAGUCAAAGUGAAGGUAGAGUGUGUAGAAUUUCGAUGUUCAUCCAGCUUUUCUACAAAACAUCUACAAGGCACAGAGGUUGAAGGUCUUGUGGAUGCCGCCAAAAGCAAAGAAUAUUUACAGAAAGUGAAGCAAGAACGUGUGGAAUAUCAUUCUGUAAACCAAGAACAAGGCACAGAGGCUGAAAGUCUUGUGGACGCCGAGAGCACCAAAAGUAAUUUACUUAAAGUGAAGCAAGAAGUGGUCAAGGUAGAGGCGGAGGUCAAUGGAGAAUUGACGCAAUGUCCCACUUGCUCGAAGACAGUGAGUGGCGGUCUCGCCUCUAAUACUCACCAAGAUUUCUGUCGACAAGGAGGGGCAUCGGAGGGAAAACAGAAAAUUAAGCAAUCAAUCCUUUCACGAUUUUUCAGUCCAGGUGUGAACAAACUUUCAAGCGCACCUUCAUCAUCACGAGUUCAUCCCUUGCUUUCGGAAGAGAAGCAAACAAGCUUCGUGACGAUUAAGACAGAGGACAUUUUAUCUGAGAGGCCGCUUAAACCCCCCUUAUCAUCUCGAAGUAGACUGAAGUUGAAAAAGGUUAAGGUUGAAAUCAAACAUGAAGAUGACAACGAAGACACCGGCAGAAGAUCACAGUUGGAUUCACUCGGACAAGGUGUUCUGCUGAACGGUGCUGCUACAUCAGUUGGGCUAACGGCCUGGGAAACAACAUCAUCCAAGUCCCUGGAACUAUCAGUAGUUCCUGUGGAGACAAAAGUUGAAGUCAUUUGUUCCGGAACAAGGAACCACGUCGACAAUUCCGGGAAAGAUCUGUCGUUGUCUCAGUCAGCUAAGAUUAAUUGUUCUUGUUCGUGUCAUCUGUCCACAGAAGACAUCUGUAAACUAGAAGGUAAUGAUAAUUCACGGGAAAGUAUAGAAAUGGAGACUUACACAGAGGAAUAUGAUAGUGGGAGGGAUCUUCUUGUUGUUGUCAAGGACAAGACGACACCAACAGGAUUCCUUCCAUCUACAAAUGCUGAAGACUUGAGCCUGAGCACGUCGUCGACAGGUCAACUUGCCAAAAACUCAUUGGUUGGAACUCUGGAAACCAGAAUAGUAGGGCGUAGGUACAAUAGAGGUAUAUUCUGCGAAGAAGGAAUGCAAGUUACAUUACUGAGAGAUCCAGAGAAUCCCAAGGAUCCAAACGCUAUCAAGGUGGUUCCACUCGAAACUCCGCUUGGACCUGCAGUGGGCCAUCUUCCUAAGGAGAUCAGUGCUCACCUUGCGCCUCUCCUCGACAAAGCCUUUGUUCAUGUCCAGGGAUUCGUGGUAACCGUUCCGGAACAAAUUCAUGGGGAUGUACCUCUGAAACUCUCAUUUGAAAGCGCAAGUGCCAGCACUGACCUUUCCCUGCUCGAUGGGGCCGCAGAAAGCUGGCAGAGUAUGCUCGUUGCAGCUGAAAACGUUUCUUCCGGGAUAUCUCCUACUUUGCGGGUCUCGAAGUACCAACACAACUUUUUAGCUGUUAUGCGAACAGUAUUGGAACGUGAUUCCCACCUAUUCGAAGAUCAAGAGAAGCAUUUUUUAGGAACAUUUUAUGCAUUGUCUGGCGAUGCUCAAAGGCUUUUCAUCCGCCUUUAUCAGCGAAAAGGACCGUGGUUCCGUCUUUCGAGUCUUUCUUAUAAAGAUGUUGCUGACGUUACCACUGCCUCGGAUGAGCUACUUGCUUCCGGCUUCAUGAGCGCCGAUUGCAGUGCCCAAGAAGAACCUGGGGCAUCGAUGAGAACGAGAAUUGAAAUUCUCAAUAUGCUGGAGCUAAGACAACUUUCUGCUUUACUUAAGAAAAAGAAGGAGGCCGCUUCAGCGAGAAGGGAAGAACUUGUCAGUCUAAUUGUUUCUACUGCUAUGGAGAAACAAUGGAAUAUUGAGGUUUCAAGCAGCAGUCGAUCAAGAACAGUUAUGGAGAGUGUCGCCGAAAUUACAGGACCUUGUAUACGUGUAUCAGAACAAGCCGAAUUUUUGCUAUGGCGUUUGCAGAGGCUUUUCUUUUUGGAUAAGGGGAGAGAUCUUUCAUCCUUCCUCGUGGUGGACAUGGGAUUGGUGAAGUAUCCACAGUAUAAAUGCCUGAAAUCAAGACACGUUUUCCCCUCGCAUGAAGCCCUUGUUGCUUAUGAGCAGGCUUUGGAGGUUGCUCAGGCCAUGGAUAUGUCUCUAGAACUUAAUGACACGGAGAAGGCCUUAGAAUUUCUUAGAAGAGCUCGGGAUGAAAUGAGCGUCUGCCAGGUCGUCGAAUCAGCUGUCGAUAAAACCCCAUCAUUUCUUGCUCGCUUCUCGGCGUCGUACGUGUAUCGAAACGUUAUCACGGUGGGAGUAUCCAUCCUAGAACGCGAGCGAAGGUAUAAAGAAGCCGUGGAAGUGCUGAAAGAGCUUCUAAGAAGCAAAGUCAGGUCGGGUAGGUGGGGUUAUUGGACUUUGAGGUUAUCAGUCAACCUCGAUCACCUUGGUUGUAAAGAAGAGAGCUUGAAGGUUGCUGAAUCUGGAGUAAAUGAGCCAUGGAUACGUGGAGGUGAUCGAGUUGCCUUACAAAGACGGGUGGUCCGGUUAGGAAAGCCACCUCGGAGAUGGAAAAGACCUCCAUAUGCAGAUUCAUUGAACAGAAAGUGCAAGGAAGUUCAAAUUCGAGGCAGACCCCUCAAUUGUGUGACUGGCAAGAAAAGCCGAUUUUAUGGAUAUGAUGGAGAGCAGUGUGGUGUUGAAGAAUUAGCCUUGCAGUACUAUGCCAGCGAGGAGGGUGGAGCCUGGCAAGGAGUACACUGUGAAGGUGGUGUGUGGUUGACGUUGUUUGGGCUAUUGAUGUGGGAUGUACUUUUUGCUGAAGUUCCAGAUGUGUUCCAGAAUCCAUUUCAGACUGCCCCUCUUGAUUUGAACACCGAUCUAUUCUAUCCAUCACGACAAGAUUUGAUCGAAACGCGGCUCGCUGCCAUAGCUGUUGGUAAUACAGAGAGCAUCGUCACUCAAUCGUGGAACAAGAAUUUUGGCACUAUGUGCGAUGGUGUGAACUGGGAGCGUCAUUCGCUAGCAGAACUCCUCACUAUUGCAACAUGCAUUGGAGGUUCUGGACUGUCUCAUGUAUGUAGACUGUUGGCGGAGGACCAUGCUGGUUGGAGAGGAGGAAUGCCAGAUUUGCUUUUGUGGCGAACGAGUGCUAAUACUUCUUCGGAUUGUUCUAAAUGCUCAAUGUGUGGCUGUUCAGUGACUGACGUGUCCUUAAAAAUAAAACCUAUCGACUCAAUGAACUGCGAGGAUUUAUGCUUAGGAGAAGAAGGGUGUAAAAAUGUGACCAAAGAUUUGGUCCUCUCAACCAGAAACACUGCUUUGAGAGGUGAGGCCAAACUUGUAGAGGUGAAGGGGCCUCGAGAUCGACUUUCUGAACAGCAGAUGGCUUGGAUAUGGAUACUGAUGAAUGGUGGACUUUCUGUUGAGGUCUGCAAAGUACUUGAAGAAUUGAAAGACUAAGCUCUUUAUGUCUUAGUGACUAGUAGGUAGUUUUCACUGAUUAGAUAUGGCUGACACUUUCAGCCAAACAGAGGUCUGCUUCUGGACCAUAGAAAUAUUGUACAAAGCCUUCUUCGAGUUCGUCAAACGGACUCAAACACAGGUCCUUAUACACAUUCACCGAUAUAUCGCCAUACUACUCAGAGUCGGUAGACGUGGACUUGGCACUUGGACUACAUCUUUCUGCUUGCUGAUCCAAGCUAUCUGUCUUCGAGCUACGGCCAGGAUGUUUGACCAACAGCUGCAAAAGUUCAUCAACACCACCGUUCAUCUCAUGGUGAAUAGCACAUGUCAAGUGUCAUGCAAUCUGUAUUUUCAGGUAUGAUGUAGCACUUGACCCGCGGUCAGGCCCUUGUGAACUUACCCAUAAGAGUACAGGAAUCAAUCCGCAAAGUCGCGCACCAGAGCUUGUCCCACUUACUUUCGUCUCAUUUUGAAUACUGUCAAACGUAAAGGAAGACGCGCACGAUAGUCGAGACGAUUAUUCUCGUACCCAAGCCAGUUGUGCAAGUGGCCAAAAGCUGAUGGAUAACGCCCUGGAGAAAGCGAUAAGAUUGUAUUUGAGAUGUCGACCACGCUUUUCAGCUGGGAUUGUCCAACAUCACGUGUGGAGAAUAAUCUGGAGGCCUGAAACUGAGCGAACGGAAGUACUGAUAAAGCCGAUAUUGGCACGGAGGCUGACACCAUGCACGCUCAGAGAGAGAGAGAGAGAGAGAGAGAGAGGUGUGUUUGUACAUAACUUUUCCCAUGAUGCAAAUUCUCGCAGUAUCUCAUCUCUUGAGCUUGAAGAUGUGACGUGAGCAGUCCUCCGUCAGAAGAGCAGGAACGGCUCAAGUGUGCCUAGUGAUGCAGCACUAGGCACUGAAGUCAACGUCUCAGUACGCCCG